CCUGGUCGUGCCACUCGAUGAUUAUUUUUGUUUUUUUUUUUAUAUUAUUGCUGUGAUCCACCCAUAGUCGGCUAAAUGGCCGAAGGUACGUGCUUGUCCGGCCAGAACCCUGUGGCUCUCGCGGAUGCACCCGUUUGCAAUUUAGGAUUUAUUUGUCACAAUACAAAUAGAGAGAACCCACCAAAAUUCUGCCCACCUACAAAAAGCUGCCAGGCGGUUCGCCUGCAGCCAUCGGAGAAUAUCUGUCAGGAACUGCAGGGAUCGUUCGAACCAGUUGCCUGCACGCCUGGCUAUUACUGUCCACCCCAAAGCCAAGAGCAAAUCCGAUGCCCGCCAGGCUCCUAUUGUCCCCUAGGAAGCUAUCAUCCCAAACGCUGCGCAGCUCUUUCAAUAUGUGCAGAAGGGAGUUCUCGAGAGAUCUCAGUCAUUGGAUUUGUAAUAUUGGGUGUACUGUAUCUGCUUUGUGCCAUUCUGGGGUUGGGGACGAAAGCAUGGAAACAGAAGAAAGGGCUGCACGCUCCUAAUACUUUUCCAUCGGCAAGAACUUCCUGGGACCAAGGACACAUUGAGUAUGCAGGGGGACCGGCGGGUAACUUCCCUGCUCUUGAUGCCGCGUACGAACAGGGGUCCAUUGUCCGAGAAAUUCCUCACUUUGGGACGAUGUCCGGAGACAGACAACAGGGCGAGCGUGGAUUGGACUUCCAGCUCCGUGAUGUAUGCUUUUCUAAGAAGGGUGUGCCACGCCCCGUCUUGCAGGGAGUAACUUGCCAGAUACCGAAAGGCCACAUGUUUGGGAUCAUGGGACCGUCAGGAGCUGGCAAAUUGGAAUUUAUGGCUAUGAUGCAAAUAUUCGGCGGUAAGCUGGGCUGUAUUCUGGCGUUUGGCCGCCGAUACGGACUUCUGAUGACAAACAGAUACCGUCAUUGUAUUAGCUUUGUCCCACAGGACGACAUCGUCUUCCCAAAUCUCACUGUUUGGGAAAACAUCCUACAUACCGCGACCAUUCGACUCGGGGGGACGUACACGACUCACGACAUAAUGAUUCACGUGGACAAUAUCAUCACAUAUCUCGGGUUGGAUCAUAUAAGAGACCAGCAGGUAGGGUCUCCAGAGAAUAGAGGGAUAUCUGGAGGAGAGCGCAAGCGCGUCUCGCUCGCCAGAGAAAUCGUUGCAAUGCCGUCAACCAUCAUACUUGAUGAGCCAACAUCGGGUUUGGAUGCCACAACCGCUUUGUCCGUGAUGGGCCUGCUGAAAGAUCUUUCCGGUCUUGGUAUUACGGUUAUUUGCGCCAUUCAUCAACCUCGAAGAGAUGUCUUUGAUCUGCUAGAUGAUUUAAUGCUUUUGGUCUCUGGAAGACCAAUUUACGUUGGACCACAGACGAGUAUGCUGGACUAUUUUCAGUCGAUUGGCUUCACGUUGCCCAAGAAAGACAAUCCUGCUGACACUGUUAUGGACCUAAUCAAAACCAGACAGGUAGGGUGUGAUAUCCCAUGGUUUGAAGAAAAGCAAGCGUUAGCAGGAGGCUUGCCAAGUGCGGAAGGACGAUUUACGGAACAUUGUCCUGCAGUGGCCGCAUCAGUCAUGGCUGCACCUGUUUUCACGCCUCCUGACGAUCGGGCGGCAUGGUUAAGCCAGGUACUUACAUAUAUUCGUUGUGGUGCUAAGCAGCAGAAGAACCAGCUUUUUGGUAUUCUGCUGGAGAUUGUUACAGCUUCAUGUUGCGGCGUCCUCAUCGGUCUUUCCAUAUAUGAAUCGAAAGGUCAUAUUUUUCAAGGCUACUUUAGGGAACCCUUUCAGCUCUUGUCCAGUGCGGUGGAUUACAAGAGUGUACCAACAGCGGGACUUCUCUCCAGCCUUGCAAUCAAGAUGGUAUUCGGCCAAGAAGUCCAUUCGGGACAUUCCGCUAGUGCAUACUUCAUCGGCAAAGACUUGUGUACAUUGCCCCGUAUCUUGAUAUCGACUCUUCAUUUCACAGCAUUUUUGAAAGUGCUGGCAGCCACAGUCAUUCCGGUCCAUAUCUUGUUCUGUAUAAAUGCAGCAUAUUUCUUUUGCAUCUAUGGACUAGCUUCCCUCGUUGCAUCCUUGGCCCCACGCCAGGAUGCUUUAUUGUUAGCAAUGCUCACGAGCCUUACUGCAGGGGUCCUAGACGGGUCAGGCCCUCGUUUGGAUCAAGUUAAGCAUUGGAAAAUGGGCUGGCUGUGGUACAUUUGCCCGGGAACUUGGUAUUCUGAAGCUUGGUUUAGCGAGCACGUUAUGCCAUUCUCGUAUCUGUAUGACACUGAUGCAGCUGCCCACUUCACCGGGUAUAUCACUGGGAGAACGGGGUUUGAUAUUGGGCUCAUGAUUGUCAUUGGAGUUGUGUACCGUAUUUUAGCGUACCUUUCUCUAUCGCUACCUCGAAUGAGAGGUCCGGCAACAGGAAUGAAAGGCGCUCAGUAAUGUUC